UCCUCCACCAACACGAGAACGGUAACCUCAAUUGACAGAGUCUAUUUGGGCAGCAAUAUUAAUAUAUCUUUGCUUCCAAGGAGACAAAUUUCCAACACUACUUCUCUCCGAUUAAUCACACAAUUACUACUUCCCUCUGUUUCUUCACAAAAAGGAAACCCAUUUGUCAUUCAAUGGAGAAUUUGUCAGAGUCGCAUCUCAAAAGCCCGGAAAAGACCAAGAACAUGGUCUUGGAUUGCAAUACACCACCACCACCACCACCACCACCACCUCAGGAUCCUCUGAAAGAACAAAAUUCUCGAAGUUGUUCUGGGGAUGUAAAAAUGGGGAAUAUGGGGACCCCAGAGAGGCUUAAAGUUCCCAAGGCAUUUAAGUACCCUGAAAGGUAUAGAAGCCCAACUGAUUUAAUGAUGUCACCAGUUUCAAAGGGUCUUCUUCUUGCCAAAAACAGAAAGGGUAGUGGAGUGUUAUUGCCUCCUAGCUUAAAUCAGACAAAUCAAAAGAUUCAAGAUGAUGAUAUUAAGGAUGCGGGUCUCUGUUUUACAAGGCCUAAAUCUAGUGGGUUCUUUCUCUUUGAUCAGAAGACGGAUUCUUGAACUUGAUGAAUUUAUUUCAAGAAUGCGUCUUGUGUCAGUACUAAUAGAAAAUCUUCUAUGUUUAAUGUGAGUUUUCUCAGUUCUGCUUGUGUAAUGUGGAUACAGUCAUAUGAAUAAAAGAAUAGUAUACAAGCUGUUUGUUAAAA